AUGAGGUUUGGUUUGUAUUUUUCUGUUAAGCAAGAGGACAGCACAGAGCCACCGGGAGGAUUGAAUGUUUCUAUUGACGAGACGAGCAUUGAGAUGGUGAAAUGUAUUUUUGCAAAAUACCGUAUUAUGUUCUUGAAACUUGUUGUUCGUAGGUUGUUGGAAGAUUUAUCUGAUCUCAGAGAUAUGAUACAGCAAUUUUAUUUCAUUACUGAUCUAUAUCUUCAUAACUUGACGCAUGAAUAUACAGAUCGGAUCUAUGAACCUCAUAGAACAGUGCAAGAUUUUAUAAAUAUUGAAAAAACUCCAAAAUUACGAACGCUAACAAUUAUCCGUAUGAUAGUUGCUGAUGAAUUUUUAGAGAAAGUAAGUAACACAGCACUGGAAAAUCUGACUUUUACCGAAUGUAUUUUUCUCACUUCAGAAGGUACUGAGAAACAACCGAAAAAAAUUAAGUUAGCAUUUGGAGAAUCAUAUAAAGCAGUCUGCUUCGACAUGUGCGGUAUAUAUAUUGAAGACAUAAAAUCACAAACCAUAUGUCAAUCGCACCAUGCAACAAUUAUCAUUGAACUGAGUAACUGUAUAAAUCUACGUACUCUGACAGUAAACUCGGGUCGAUAUGUGAAUGUUGUGCUUAGGAACAAAAAAUAA